AAGGUACAUACCGAACAAAGACAUUUCAAAUGUGAUGUUUGUCUUAAGACAUUUAAAUGCAAAUCUCACCUUGUAACACACUCUAUGAUACAUACUGGAGAGAGGAUUUUCAAAUGUGAUGUCUAUUUAAAGACAUUUAAUCGAGAAUCUAGCCUUGCAUCACAUUCUAAGGUACAUACCGAAGACAGACAAUUCAAAUGUAAUGUUUGUCUUAAGACAUUCAAACAUAAAUCUUCUCUUGUAGUGCAUUCUAAUAUACAUACUGGAGAGAGGAUUUUCAAAUGUGAUGUUUGUCUUAAGACAUUUAGCCAUAAAUCUCAUCUUGUAACACAUUCUACGAUACAUACUGGAGAGAGGAAUUUCAAAUGUGAUGUCUGUUUAAAGACAUUUAACAGAAAAUUUACGCUUAAAACACAUUCUAGGAUACAUACAGGUGAGAGGAAAUUCCAAUGUGAUGUUUGUCUAAAGAUGUUUAACCAUAAGUCUAAUCUUGUAACACAUUCUAAGAUACAUACUGGAGAGAGGAAUUUCAAAUGUGAUGUUUGUCUAAAGACAUUUAAAUGUAAAUCUAGUCUCGUAAGACAUUAUAAGAUACAUAUUGGAGAGAGGAAUUUCAAAUGUUAUGUUUAUCUUAAGACAUUUACACAAAAAUCUUCUCUUGUAUUAUAUUAUAAUAUACAUACUGGAGAGAAGAUUCUCAAAUGCGCUGUCUGUUCAAAGACAUUUUACAGAAAAUCUUAUCUUACAACAAAUUCUAAGGUACAUACUGAAGAAAAAAUUUCAAAUGUGAUGUUUGUCUAAAGACAUUUAAACACAAAUCAACCCUUGAAAUACAUUCUAAUAAACAUACUGGAGAGAGGACUUUCAAAUGAGAUGUUUGUCUCAAGACAUUCAAACAAAAAACUACCCUUGUAACACAUUCUAAGAUACAUACUGGAGAGAAGAAUUUCAAAUGUGAUGUUUGUCUAGAUACUUUCAUUACAAAGUCUGACCUUAGAAAACAUCAUAUAAUUCAUACUGGAGAGAGGAAUUUCAAAUGUGAUAUCUGUCUUAAGACAUUCAUUACAAAGUCUAAUCUUAGAAAACUUCAUAUGAUUCAUACUGGAGAAACUGCCAUACAUUUUAAUAUACAUACUGGUUAGAGAAGUUAGAAAUAUGAUCUUUGUUGUAAAACAUUUAUCAGUAAGUUAGAUCUAUGUUGGGGAUACUGGGGAUUAGAAUUACAAAUAUGACGUUUGAGAAUCUGAGAGAAGAAAUAAGUAAAAUAUAAACAUGAUAUAAGAGAGAUUUGGCAACUCACUUAUAGCAUGUU